CCCCUCCCAGGGCAGCUGGGGGAGGGAGGCCUGCUCUUCUACAGCCUAUGGGAAUGGAGAGGGGCCAAGAGCCGUCACCCUAAGGAAUCCCAGGUGGUGAUGGUGGUAGCAGUGGUGGUGGGCGGAGGAGGGGGAGUAGUAAUGGCCCCUAGACUCAGCACAGCCUCUUGUAAGGCUAGAGCAAGGCUAUGUUGGGACCUUCCUCCUCUCUUGGGGGUUGGGUGGGCAAUUCUCCCAAGAGUGGGCCAGUAGAGAUGUGUUUCAGCAGCACCACAAUUGUUACUGGGGCAGGAAUAGUUAUGUUCUGAGGCCGUGGACCUUUUGCCCAGUGCCUGCCCCUGGGAAAUCCCUCUGGGCAGAGGCAGGAGCUGUGGCUGGUGGGUUCUGAGACCUUUUCUGGAAAGGCUUCCUCCCCACCAUGGUUUCAGCAAACUGGACCUACCUCCAAGUAAAACUUACUCAAAGUUCAGUCUUUAGUGAAUAUUAGGAGUUGAGUUUCAUUCCACAAGAGCUGCACAUCUUAUGAAGAAACCAUUUGAGAGAACAAGUGCACAGGAAAAUGGGCCUUUCCUGCCUGCUCAAUAUCACUGCCUUGAACCCCCGGGGAGCCACCCGUUAAAGAUGUGCCUGCAGCUGGCUCGUCCUAGGCCAGUGUUUUUCCACAUUUAAAAAUUCAUGACCCAUCAAAACCUAUAAAAAUCUCAUGCCCUUUUGUAUUUUGUGAUGCAAAAAUCAUAGGUUCCUUUUCAUUUUCCAAAUAUAAAAUUAUAAUAUCAACUACACAUUGUCUGGCUACAAAGCCCUCUCUGCCCUAAUUGACAGUUGCUGUCCAAGACCCUUCAAAGCUAUGAUGUUAGAUGAUGGGACCCGUAGGUCACUCCUUGAGCUUCCAGAGCCUUAGAAGAAGGGACUCUGUCCCUUCCUGUCCUUCAGGCUCCAGUCACCUGGCCACAGAAAAAGGCUGGGCAGCAUGCACAGGGCCCGCUACAGGGAUCAAGGAAGGACUUAUUUGGCACAUAAUUAGUUUCCAGCCUCCUGGGGUCUUGUAUGCCAGAGGUGUGAAGAGAAUGAACAAUUAAUAAAACUCUGACUCCAGGGAGCCAGUUCUAGCUGGGGAAAUAGGAACAGGCUGUUUAACCAACAACAAGUAGUCCUGUUAUACAUAGACACACACACACACCCACACACACAAUCAAACAGCCUGUCUCACCCUCCCCACCAGACCUGUGCAGAGACACAGACACGCUCCAGCUCGGAGCUCUGCCAGCAGCAGGCGUGAGAUAAACAUCCCCGAGUGACUGACACACUCCCCCCACCACAGAUCCCAGAUAUCACCUCUCUGCCCACCAGCUCCUCGCCUCCUUCCCCUUCACUGCACUGCCUCUUUCAAACCUGACUCUGAGGGCUGUGCUCAGUGGUCCACAAAGGGUUCUGAUUGUGGCUAUUCCACGGCCCUUCCCCAGGGAAGGGAGGGGAGCUGAGACAGAUGGGAGGCUUGUCCUGCUGUGGCCACCGAGCAAAGCUCUUGGAUGGUUAAGAAUGAGCCAGGAACUGUUCCUGCCCAGGCUACCGCUGAAUGCCUUAACUUCUUCCUAACUCGGCCCCACAGAGGCUUCGAGGGGUUUGCCCUGCUGGGACAGCUCCCUCAAUUCUCUGGCCCCCUUUCAUAGUUCCAGGCCAGCGCCCCUGCCCACUCCCCAUCAAUGGCCCUGCCUUUUCCCAGGCCCUCUGCCUUCCCCUGUCACAGCACUUGUCCUUGUGCCUCUGCUCUCUCCUUGUUUCCCGCGGCAUGUUUUGUGCCCCAGCGUGACUGUCAGCUCUUCAAGUGCAAGAGCCUGUCUUUGCCUUCCUUGUGACUGGUGCCCCCAGCGAGUUCCGCACACACAGGCUGCUCCCUGGAUGCUCAUUGAAUUGAUGACUUCAUUUGCUGCCCACUCCCACCCACCCCAGGACACACCCACGAGCCCUGCCUGUGUGUCUCCUCUCUACAAUAACCCUGUGUUCUCCACCCAGAGGACUUGCUUGGGCCUCUGGUCUCUCUACCCCCGAUCCGUCGCAAGUUUCAGCUGCCCUCUUGAGGCUUCACUGGCUUUUUGUCAACACCUCCCCUGCCCUCUCCCACACCUGCCACAAGCUCCGCCCACAUGCUAAGUCCUCUGCUGGAGGUUGGGGACCAGAGGAAGGAGGCCCACCCUUGCCUCUUGCUGGGUAAUUGUUCCUGUCAGAAAGAAAUUGAGGGCUGGGGACAGGUGGAGGUGAGGUGGGACCAGCUGCAACUGAGGAACCUUUUGAGCAUUUAGAGGGUAUGGUUUUGACAUCACUGCUCAGGGGAGCCCUGAGGCUAUCUCGACCCCCAGAGACCCAGGAUUUAGGGCUCAAGGGGUCAGAGGCUGGAGUAAGGCUCACAUCCGAGACUCUGAAUCACUGCUAGAUGUCCCCUGUUGAGUGGGCUAAGUCAAGCUACUGAGGAUCUCACUGGGAAGUAUGCUGAGGUCCCAGAAAGAAUUUAGUCCUGUGGCCUCUUUUCCUUGUGGCCUAAGAACUUUGAAUUUCACCAGGCAGACUCUUUUCCCAUGAAAUAGAUGCAUCAGUGAAGGCCAGAGCAAAACCACAAUUUGUCUGCAGUUACAGAGCUGGUCAGGAGCAGAGCCAGGCUUAGCGCUGCGAUUCCCUGACUCACUCUCCACCACCAGCCUGAAUUUCCCUGGUGCAAGCUCUCCACUCCCAAACCCUUGGAAGGCAGAACUGGGCAUUGCUGGGUGCUGCCAUUCCCAGGGGAGACACAGAGUAGAAGGGGACAAUCUGAAUAUCCCCCCUUCCCUGUGCUCCUCACCAUUUCCUGUCACGUCGUCUUCUGUCUCUCCCUCUGGUGUUUGGUUGACCUGUUCUCUGCUUCUCCUCCUUCUGACCUCGUGAGGACCCCUCCUCUGGACAGGAGCUCUCUUCUGGGUUCCCGCCCGCAGUACCUGCUCACAGCCGCCAACUAGGUGACUGUGUGCUGGGUGGAUGAGGCCGAGGCCAGCUCCACGCACUGCCUCUCCCCACAGGCCGAGCAUGCCGGGGUCCGCACCUACUUCUUCAGUGCCGAGAGCCCCGAGGAGCAAGAGGCCUGGAUCCAGGCCAUGGGGGAGGCUGCUCGAGUACAGAUCCCUCCAGCCCAGAAGUCAGUGCCCCAAGCUGUGCGGCACAGCAGCCAUGAGAAGCCAGACUCGGAGAACAUCCCACCCAGCAAGCACCACCAGCAGCCGCCCCACAACAGCCUCCCCAAGCCUGAGCCAGAGGCCAAGACUCGAGGGGAGGGUGAUGGCCGAGGCUGUGAAAAGGCAGAGAGAAGGCCGGAGAGGCCAGAAGUCAAGAAAGAGCCUCUGGUGAAAACCAACGGCCUCCCAGCUGGACCGGAGCCAGCCUCAGAGCCGGGCAGCCCUUACCCCGAGGGCCCAAGGGUGCCAGGGGGUGGGGAACAACCUGCCCAGCCCAAUGGCUGGCAGUACCACUCCCCAAGCCGGCCAGGGAGCACAGCUUUCCCGCCUCAGGACGGAGAGACUGGGGGACACCGGCGGAGCUUCCCGCCACGCACCAACCCUGACAAAAUUGCCCAGCGCAAGAGCUCCAUGAACCAGCUUCAGCAGUGGGUGAACCUGCGCCGGGGGGUACCCCCGCCUGAAGACCUUCGGAGUCCCUCUAGAUUCUACCCUGUGUCUCGCAGGGUCCCUGAGUACUACGGCCCCUACUCCUCCCAGUACCCUGAUGAUUACCAGUACUACCCGCCAGGGGUGCGGCCAGAGAGCAUCUGCUCCAUGCCGGCCUAUGAUCGGAUCAGCCCGCCCUGGGCCCUGGAGGACAAGCGCCAUGCCUUCCGCAACGGGGGCGGCCCUGCCUACCAGCUGCGAGAGUGGAAGGAGCCUGCCAGCUACGGGCGGCAGGAUGGCACCGUCUGGAUCCCAAGCCCCUCCCGGCAGCCAGUCUAUUAUGAUGAGCUGGAUGCUGCCUCUAGCUCCAUGCGCCGCCUGUCCCUGCAGCCCCGCUCCCACUCUGUGCCCCGCUCACCCAGCCAGGGUUCCUACAGCCGUGCCCGCAUUUACUCCCCUGUCCGCUCACCCAGUGCCCGUUUUGAGCGACUGCCACCUCGCAGCGAGGACAUCUAUGCUGACCCUGCUGCCUAUGUGAUGAGGCGAUCCAUCAGCUCCCCCAAGUAUGAUUACCUGGGAGACAGGCGGCCAGUCCCUGCAGGACUGUUCCCCUACAACUACCCACCAUCCCCCACGGUCCACGAUAAGAUGGAUGAACUUUUAGAUCUUCAGUUGCAAAGAAACCUAGAGUAUUUGGAUCAGCAGAUGAGUGAGAGUGAGACUCUCAUCAGUAUGGUGAACCGCAUGGUGGAAAACUCCUCCCCCAGGUCCCAACUCUUCAUGCAAGUCCCUCCGUACCCAGAAGUGUUCCGGGACAGCCUCCAUACCUACAAGUUAAACGAGCAAGACACAGAUAAGCUGCUGGGAAAAUUGUGUGAGCAGAACAAGGUGGUGAGGGAGCAGGACCGGCUGGUGCAGCAGCUCCGAGCUGAGAAGGAGAGCCUGGAAAGUGCCUUGAUGGGGACCCACCAGGAGCUGGAGAUGUUUGGAAGCCAGCCUGCCUACCCAGAAAAGCUGCGGCACAAAAAAGAUUCUCUGCAGAACCAGCUCAUCAACAUCCGCGUGGAGCUGUCUCAGGCGACCACGGCCCUGACGAACAGCACCAUAGAGUAUGAGCACCUCGAGUCUGAGGUCUCUGCCCUGCACGAUGACCUCUGGGAGCAGCUCAAUUUGGACACCCAGAAUGAGGUGCUGAACCGGCAAAUCCAAAAGGAGAUCUGGAGGAUCCAGGACGUGAUGGAGGGGCUGAGGAAGAACAACCCCUCCCGGGGCACGGACACUGCCAAGCACAGAGGAGGACUUGGCCCCUCAGCCACCUACAGCUCCAACAGCCCGGCCAGCCCCCUCAGCUCCGCCAGCCUCACCAGCCCCCUGAGCCCCUUUUCACUGGUGUCGGGCUCUCAGGGGUCCCCCACCAAGCCUGGCUCCAACGAGGAACCUGGCCCGCCUCGGCCUCCCCUCCCCAAAGCCUACGUCCCCCUGGAGUCUCCUCCAGCCGUCCCUCCACUCCCUAGCGAGAGCCGCUUCUGGCCCUACCCCAGCUCCCCUUCCUGGCACCGCAGUGGCGAGACAGCCAGGGGGCAGCCCAAGGCAAGCUAUGAACAAAGCAAGAAAGACCCCCACCAGACAUCAUCCCUGGACACCCCCAGAGACAUCAGCCUUGUGCCCACCAGACAAGAGGUAGAGGCAGAGAAGCAGGCAGCUCUCAACAAAGUUGGUGUUGUGCCCCCUCGGACAAAAUCACCCACUGAUGACGAGGUGACCCCAUCAGCAGUGGUGAGGAGGAAUGCCAAUGGGUUCACCAAUGGACUCUCCUCCCAGCAGGAACGCCCCAAGAGUGCUGUGUUCCCUGGUGAGGGGAAGGUCAAGAUGAGUGUGGAGGAGCAGAUUGACCGAAUGCGGCGGCACCAGAGUGGCUCCAUGAAGGAGAAGCGGAGAAGCCUGCAGCUGCCGGCCAGCCCGGCCCCCGACCCCAGUCCCCGGCCAGCCUACAAAGUGGUGCGCCGCCACCGCAGCAUCCACGAGGUGGACAUCUCCAACCUGGAGGCAGCCCUGCGGGCAGAGGAGCCUGGCGGGCAGGCCUACGAGACUCCCCGGGAGGAAAUUGCCCGGCUUCGCAAAAUGGAGCUAGAGCCCCAGCAUUAUGAUGUAGACAUCAAUAAGGAGCUCUCCACUCCAGACAAAGUCCUCAUCCCCGAACGGUACAUUGACCUGGAGCCUGACACUCCUCUGAGCCCUGAGGAGUUGAAGGAGAAGCAGAAGAAGGUGGAGAGGAUCAAGACACUCAUUGCCAAAUCCAGUAUGCAGAACGUGGUGCCCAUCGGCGAGGGGGACUCUGUGGACGUGCCCCAGGACUCAGAGAGCCAGCUGCAGGAGCAGGAGAAGCGGAUUGAAAUCUCCUGCGCCCUGGCGACCGAGGCCUCCCGCAGGGGCCGCAUGCUGUCUGUGCAAUGUGCCACCCCAAGCCCUCCCACCUCCCCUGCUUCCCCGACUCCUCCAGCCAACCCCCUGUCGUCUGAAUCCCCACGGGGCGCCGACAGCAGCCAUACCAUGCGGGUCUGAGCUCUGACUGCAAGCCCUGGCUGAGGCCAAUGCUGUGAAGCUCCACAGAGUCACAUUCUGAAGCCGUCCUCUGCCAACCUGAGGUCCUGGCUCCCCACCCUGGCCCCCUGCCCCUGCACUCCCAUGGGAAUGCCGCAGGGAGCCAGGCUGGGGCCACGGGCUGCUGCCGAGAGGAGCGUGGAUACCUCAGUGUCCACACACCCACUAUGCCUAACCCUGGAGCUCUCACUGCUCACACCGUGGUCCUGGGCCAGGGCCUGAGACGGCAGUGGGGAGCACCAUCCUCGUUAAUGCCCAAGUCACAGGGAGCCUCGGCCUUGCCCUGGCUGGGAUUGUGGUGACUCCAGUGGAACAAUCCCUGAUGGGGGACAUGCCGUGGUGGAGAACAUACCUGUGGCUAUCUUAUGUGAGGACUAGAGGUGAAGAGGAGAUGGACACUGCCUCUUGGAGCCAGCCUGACACUGAGGACAGCACUUGUCGUCAUCCCCAUCCUCAUCAACCCCACCCGGCUGCCUCAGCUGGACCCAGGGCUUUGAUAAACCCAGUGCUUUGCUUAUGGGUGCUCGCUGGGGUCCAAUGGAGACUGACCACCCUGCUUGAGCCAAAGACAAGGUGAUGAGAGAUGGGGAGAGGCUAUUGGCUCCCAGAGGGAACAGUGCUGGUUGUGGCUAGAGAACAGCAGGUCUGUGCAGUGUCUGAGGGCAGGUUGGGAAGGGUAGCAGAGAGAGAGAGACAGAAAGAGAAAGACAGAGAGAGAGAGAGAUCCUCAGAGUGGGAGGAGGGGAAGCAGCAGGACACAUUGGCAAGUCAAGCAGGAAGGAAGGAGAUGGAAAAGGGGUAUUGGAUUGGUUUCCCCAGGUGGAGCCUUAGGUUAGUGCCCAGUGCAGUGCCAGACUCUCUCCUCUGCUCCUCCCACCUCAUCCCCAGGACGACCCACCAGUGGAGCACAGGCAGCCUCAGUGGAGAUGCUUGGUGUGGGGAUCUAGGUGAAGGAGGUUGAGUAGCGACUGCCUGGGAGAUGGCUGUUGGUAGUUCUGUGCCUGGUGUCUGCCUCCCCGUCCUGGGGUAAGGGGCAGAGAGAAGGACUUGUCUUAUGUAGGGUGUGGUCAGCCUUGGGGCCUUACCUACCCAGUUCUGCGAUAUUUCUUGCCCUGUUCCCCCUGGAAUGUGCAGUGAUCCAGCUGAGAAUAUGCUUUGAGGAGGAGGGAUGAGGCCUUAAUCUGGGAGGCCUCCCAGGAUUCCAGGACCAUCCCCCAUCCCAGGCAUCCCAGACGAGGACUGGCUGAGGCUAGGCGCUCUCACGAUCCACCUGCCCAGGGAGGGCAGUGGGGGAGAGACAGAAGAGCAAAGCGCAUUCUUCCUCAGCUCCACCCACCUGGAGAUGAAUGUAGCCAGAGAGGAGGAAGGAGGGAAGCUGAAGACGCCGUGGCCCCUAGGCCUUCACUCUGCUAGAGUUGCCACCCAGAGGCUUCAGCCUGACCUCCAGCGGUCCCAAGAACACCUACUAAUUCCUCUCCACUCCUUCAUGGCUGGGACAGUUACUGGUUCAUAUGCAAGUAAAGAUGAUAAUUUACUCAACAAAUAUUUAUCGAGCACCUUUUAUGUACCAGGCACUAUUCUAGGUGCUUAGGAUAUUCUCAUGUUUCUGAGGGAUUACAGCCUAGGAGGAUUCCACCAAUCUUCACUUCUAGCAGGUUUUUUAAACGUGACCCUUGGCUAUAUUUCCCAUCUUCACAGUUCAAGCACCCCAAACCUGCCCUUUCUCCCCUGUAGACUGGCAGGUGGAUUGGCUCCCAGGUCAUCUUCUCUCCCUCUUUCCCCCACGCCUUUCUCCCUCCACAGGAAACAGAUUUUUCAGGGCCUUCCACACCUGCCACUUUGUCUGUCUCUUUUUUUUUUUAAAGUAAUAUUUUUUAGAAAUACAUGUAAAAUACCAAGAAAUAAUAUCUGCACCUCUGCCACCUCUCUCUCACCUCUUAUUUCAUAAAGCUGGCUCUUUAUGUUGCUUUACAUGCCUUAAUAUAUGUUUUAUGGAGAUUAUACAUAUUAUAGAUUCUAUAUAUGUAAUAUAUUUGUUUGGAUGUCUGAUCUUUUCCUACAGUUCCUGCCCAGGCCCGUUUUUCUCUCCCUUAUUUUCCAUAUCAUUCCUAGCAUAUCAAGGCCAUACCCCUUGCCUUUUUGAUCCAAAGAAGAGGAGAGGAAAGACUUAUUUUAAGACAGAUCUAUUUUAUGCUUUUGUUUAAAAAAAGCAAAUCUAUUUUCAAAAUGUGCAAUGUCUGAAUGGAAUUGGCAAGUGAGGUGAGGAGAUGGGGCAACUGCCUUUAGGUCCCAACCCUGUGCCCUUCCCUCUGCCACAGUGGCUUCAUUCCAUCCUAUUCCCCAGUCAGGAAAGGGCUGGUCCCCAGAGCUCACCCAGAGAGCAUCUUGCCGGGGGCAGGGCAUUCCCUCGGAAGUCCUGGCCUAAGGAUUUUAUUACACUGUCCACUCCUGAUGACCCUCUGCAGUUGUCAGGCGUGAAUCCUCUGGAAGGAACUGUUUGCAGUUGUAUGCACAAAGGAGACCCAUGCAGGCAUGCACCCCAAAUGGGCUGCUAGACUACCCCUCUUCAUCAGGCUGCUGGAAAGAGCAGACAGUGUAAUGGCAGCCUAUGCCAAACAGCGCUAAGGAUGUCGGUCUACGAGAUGGUGUGAAGCCCAGAGGCGGCGGCUUGGGAUCCUCUGGGCCAUCCCUGGCCCUUUAGCACAGACACAUAUAAGUUCCUUGGGCUUGUCACACUCCUUUUCACUCGAUCCCUCUUUGGUCUGGGUCACAUCUAUGACAUCCCCCCUCUGCAACCUUUCUCUCUGGGGGCUGUACCAAAGGCAUGGUACCUCAGUCUGGCAUCCAGACUGCGAAAUCAGCCUCUGAGCCGAGGAGGGUCCUACAGACAAGGUGACAUCUCAACCUCACCCAAGAAACCCCCAGGACUUUACCCCAGCAGGCUGCCACGGGGGCACCAAACGAAGCCAGCUCAGCCUUCCAAACUUCUCAAGCCUUUGUCAAUUAUCAAAUUGGCCAAAGGGUCUCUGGCCUUGCAAGGAUUUGGGCAGGAUAGAAGUCUUUGUCUAGAUCUGAAAUCAAGGGCUUGGGAAUCUAGAGCCGAGCUUCUGGCCAGCGUUUGAAGCCUGGCCUCCCAGCUGGGGCGUUUACUGACACCCUGCCACCAGCCUAGAACAUCCCGCUCUGAAUGAACAGAGCGCAGGUGGGGGUCCAGGGCUAAGUGACCCACCUGGGGACGCUCUGAUUAUUCAUCCAGGGCCUUCUCAAUGAGCACAUUACCUCCAUGAUCAAUAACCAAGAGGCUGCAAUCAAAUACUGCUACUGUCACUUUGAAGAUUUUCUGAGAUCGCAAGUGGCACACUUGCUCUCCGACCUUUGGGAGAGGCAUGUUUUUGGGCAGGGCUGGCUAUGGCAAGAGGGAACCAGUUCCUUUCUCCUUUAAGCACCCUCUACCUGGCAGCUCUUAAAACUAAGAAAAAAUAUUAUAUACACACACACAUAUAUAUAUACACACACAUAUAUAUAUCUAUUUAUGCACAUAUUGGGGCCAAUUUGAUUUGCUAGUAUUAGACAAUAAACCAUACAAGGAAAUUUAUGAUCUCAGUGUCUUUAUUUAGUAUAAAAGUGACCUUAGAAGAAGGGUGAAGGUUAGAUAGAUGGAAUCUCUGUCGGGGGCAACCAGCUGUAGCAUCCCCUUAGCAUCUUUCUAGCCAAUGAGCCCCCUCCCCAGGAGGAGGGGACGGCCUGACUGAAACAGGUGAGAGUUUGCUUCCUCCUUUCAGCAGCAUUCUUUUUAGAUUUAGGUACCGAAGAAUUCCAGUGAGUUCUGCAUUUGUAUCUUGCAAGUUUGUAUAAACUCAAUACAGGAAAUAAAAUGAAUGUUUUGUA